AUGGAGGAGGUCGAACUGCAGUAUAUUCUAGACUUUAUUAAAGAAAUGACAGAGGAAAUACGUCAUGGUAAAGGAAAUAUUCAGACUUUAAAAGAAGAUCAGCAACAGAUAUAUCCAAUGGAGACUUUAGAAUUGCAACAAGAAGAAAUCAUUGAACAACAGGCAGAAAAUAGGGAGCAACGGACUGAGAAAUCAAUGCAACCUGUGAGAGAGGAAGCAUUGAUCACCUAUGUGACUUUGGACGCUAAGGACCAAGAUGGACCCUGGGAUCUGGUCUGCUCAAAUUCACUUGUCAUGGAAGACAUUGAGGUAAAUGCCACCUUUUGUGCUUCUAAUACAGGCUCGUCCAACAGAUUUGCUCCCAACUACAAAUGUGACUCACAGAAAAACCUCAUAGCCAUCAUCGGAGGACUUAGCUCUGAUACCUCUUUCCAUAUGGAUGAUACUUUAAGGCUCUACAAGAUUCCACAACUUGCAUAUGGCUCAUUUCCCCAAGAGGAGAGUGAUAUAGAUAGCUUCAUUUCCUUUUACCGCAUGGUGCCCAAUGAAGCUCAUCAGUAUAUGGCGAUCAUCAAUUUGCUCCAGCAUUUUGGAUGGACAUGGGUUGGAAUCUUUGUUACAGAUGAUGACGGAGGAGAAAAUUUCUUGCAGGCUCUGGAGCAAUUGCUCUACCAGCAUGGGAUCUGCUCAGCCUUAACACAAAGAAUGGGAAAAAUAGCUCGUUUUGAUAUGUUGGGUGAAUUUUUUGAGAUACUUAAUAGGUAUUAUGUGGAUCUCACAAAUGACAAAGCCAAUGCAUUCAUCGUCUAUGGAGAUUCUCAGACAUUGACCUGGCUGAGAUUUGUUAUAUUUCUACGAGAUCCUGAAAAUAAGGAAAACUCAACAUUAGGAAAAGUGUGGAUCAUGACAACACAAAUUGAUUUCGUAUUAAUGAGUUUUCAAAAGUCUUGGGAUCUUGAGCUCUUUCAAGGUGCCAUUUCCUUCACCAUUCACUCAAAAGAGCUUCUCGAGUUCAGUGAAUUUCUUCAGAGCAUAAAACCUUACUGGAAUCCAGGUGAUGGUUUUCUUAAGGACUUCUGGGAGCAAGCUUUUGACUGUCCAUUUGCAGAUCUGCUCAUGCAAGAUACUGAAACAUGUACAGGGGAGAAGAAAUCAAAGCACAAAAGGUUUGAACUUCAAGAUCUGCAGCCUUGGCAGCUCCACUACUUUCUGCAAGGCAUUUCAUUUAACAACUCAGCAGGGGAAACAAUGUCCUUUGAUGAAAAAAGGGAAAUGAGAAGCAGAUUUGACAUCACGAACAUGAUCACCUUCCCAAACAAGUCCUUCUUUCGAAUGAAAGUUGGAUGUGUUGAUCCUGAUGCUCUUGAAGGAGAAGCAUUCAUCAUUCAUGAAGAUAUGAUUGUGAUUCCCCUUUCUCUGUGUAAUGACCACUGCCACCCUGGGAACCAGAAGAAAAAGAAAGAAGGGGAAAAGUUUUGUUGCUAUGGGUGUGCUCCAUGUCCAGAAGGGGAAAUUUCAAACCAGGAUGAUAUGAAUGACUGCUUCAGAUGCCCAAAAGCUCAGUAUCCAGACAAGAACAAAGCUGCCUGCAUUCAGAAAACGAUGACCUUCCUUUCUUACGGAGAACCGUUGGGUAUCAGUUUAGCAUCCAUUGCCCUUUCUUUCUUCCUCAUCACAGCUUUGGUGCUAGGAAUAUUCAUAAAGUACAGAGACACUCCCAUAGUCAAAGCCAACAACCGGGACCUCACCUACUCUCUCCUUGUCUCUCUCCUGCUCUGCUUCCUCUCUUCCUUGUUAUUUCUCGGUGAACCUAGCAAAGUCUCCUGCCUCCUCCGGCAACCAAUGUUUGGCAUCAUCUUCUCAAUGGCUGUUUCUUGCGUGCUGGCCAAAACUGUCACUGUAGUUCUAGCUUUCAUGGCCACCAAGCCCGGGUCCAGCAUGAGGAAGUGGAUAAGAAAAAGACUGACAAAUUCCAUUGUCUUUUCCUGUUCUCUUAUUCAAUCAACUAUUUGUAUUGUCUGGUUGAUGGCAUCUCCCCCAUUCCCUGAACUGGACAUGCACUCUUUAGCUGAAAAAAUCAUUGUGCAAUGUAAUGAAGGCUCAGUCACCAUGUUCUAUUGUGUCCUGGGCUACAUGUUCCUCUUGGCUAUUGCCAGCUUUGUUGCCGCAUUUGCAGCCCGCAAGUUACCUGACAGUUUUAAUGAAGCCAAGUUCAUUACCUUCAGCAUGUUGCUCUUUUGCUGUGUUUGGCUGUCUUUUUUUCCAGCCUACCUGAGCACAAGAGGGAAACUCAUGGUGGCUGUGGAGAUCUUUUCCAUCUUGUCCUCCAGUGCUGGGUUAUUGGGCUGCAUCUUUGCCCCUAAAUACUACAUCAUUAUUAUGAGGCCUGAGCUGAACAACAGAGAACAAAUUAUUAAGAAAAAGUAUUAA